AGAAGAAGCAGGCAGCUUGAGACAGGUGGAACUGGAUCAAGCUGUGAACGUGAUUUGCUGGAAGCUGGUCAUUAGUGUUGACGAUGUGUCACACUGUGUAAGGGAAUCGCAUGGAGAUGGGCAUUCCGAACUGUUAAUGGGGACAUGGGACUCCAGUUGUCUCUGACUUGUGUGGAUUUUCCCGGUGUAGAGCGACAGAAACCGCUAGUAAGUCACCAAGACCUACAGCAGGAAUUCUGCACGAAAGGGCAUAAAACCUUGUUCUUUUAAUUUGCAUCUGGGAGAAUGUCUGGGCAAGGAGACCUGAAUCAGGCGAUAGCAGAGGAAGGAGGGACUGAGCAGGAGGCGGCAACUCCAGAGAAUGGUAUUGUUAAAUCGGAAAGUCUGGAUGAAGAGGAGAAGCUGGAACUUCAGAGACGACUGGAGGCUCAGAACCAAGAGAGAAGAAAAUCCAAGUCAGGAGCGGGAAAAGGUAAACUAACUCGCAGUCUUGCUGUCUGUGAGGAAUCUUCAGCCAGACCAGGAGGUGAAAGUCUGCAGGAUCAGGAAUCAAUUCAUUUACAGCUUUCCAGUUUUUCCAGCCUGCAAGAGGAGGAUAAAUCUAGGAAAGAUGACUCUGAAAGAGAAAAAGAAAAGGAUAAAAACAAAGAUAAAAACUCUGAAAAACCCAAGAUCAGAAUGUUAUCGAAAGAUUGCAGCCAAGAAUACACGGAUUCUACAGGCAUAGACUUACACGAGUUUCUGAUUAACACUUUAAAGAAUAAUUCCAGGGACAGGAUGAUACUUUUGAAAAUGGAGCAGGAAAUCAUUGAUUUCAUUGGUGACAACAAUAAUCAUUAUAAAAAGUUCCCUCAGAUGUCAUCAUAUCAGAGGAUGCUUGUCCAUCGGGUGGCAGCUUAUUUUGGCUUGGAUCACAAUGUGGAUCAAACGGGAAAAUCUGUAAUCAUCAAUAAGACCAGCAGCACCAGAAUACCAGAGCAAAGGUUUUGUGAACAUUUAAAAGAUGAAAAAGGUGAAGAAUCCCAGAAGCGGUUUAUCUUGAAGCGAGAUAACUCUAGUAUUGAUAAAGAAGACAAUCAGCAAAACAGAAUGCAUCCAUUUAGAGAUGACAGACGAAGUAAAUCAAUUGAAGAGAGAGAAGAGGAAUAUCAGAGAGUGAGGGAGAGAAUAUUUGCACACGAUGUGAGUAGUUGUUUUAAUUGCCUCUUUAGCGCACUCCUUCCAGCAGCAAGUCAGCCUCAUUCCCCAGACAGUGAGCUGGCAGGGAGUAGGAAGGCUGAGCCAGGGAACAAAUUGAACUGCAGAAAACUAGAGGUGUUUUUGGAAGAGGACCUGGUUCAGGGAAGUGAUGGAAAACUAGCCAAGGUUCUGGGUGCGUUCUUAGGAUAUAACCAGUGGGGACAUAUAGAGGUAUGAUUUUAGUCAAUAAUAUAGACUGUAAAUACAGAGAGAGGUUGUUAGAUUUGAAGCAAUGUCUUCACCUCCAUAUUAGCCAGCUUAUUGCCUAAUGGUAUGUUCUUUCUAAUAUCAAAAAUGUGCAGGGGAAGGAAUUACCAAAAAAGAGUCUGUUGAUCUCUCACACACAUACAUAUACAGAGUAUUUUCUGGUUUCUUAGCAAAUAUGGACAU